CUGCUAUGGUCAUCCAUCUCUCCAUCCUCAACCUCCUUUGAUAUGAAGAAACAUAGCAGAUGAGCACAGGCAGGGUGAACAAUGGACACACCUCAACCUUGGCUGCUAACCAAGAGAGAAAGUCCUGAGGAGUCAGCAUAGAUGAGAAAACCUGACAUUUGGCAAUCAAUCAGGUGAGGAGCCAACACAAAUCCACAGCACCAUGAGCUUCCAUGGCACUGUCCUGAAAUGCGUGUCGUAACAAAGUGUCCUUGGUCUGGAUGUCAUCUGCCUCACUGGAAUGUGUUAGGUGGGACCUGACCAGGAACUCUCACCUUGCUGCAGAAUCCUGCUAUGGCCCCACAAGCCCAACUGCUGUUUCCUAUGGGCCCUAUGCAUGUGUCUGAAGCACCUACCUGCUCUUCCUGGGACUCUAUCAGAACAAGAACACAAAUCCAAUUGCUUUGGAACAUGUGACUCCGUCCUCCGCUUGGUCUGAGGAAAGCUGUACACUGGUAGCACUGCCCUGGCCACAGAAGCAGGCUCUCCACCAAGCUCACCCAGUUUCUUGAAAUGAGACCAAAACGAGCCUUUAGAUUAAAGGAUUUGAACCAUGAAAACGCUGGCCAGUCGUAAGUCACUGUGGAUGCUGCUUUUUAUAGUCAUCUUCUGGGUCUCUUUUACAGUUUUCAGAAACCCUGUGAAGCUACGGACCAUGUUCAAUUUGCCUGUGUCCUUCAAUCGCUGGAACUUGGUCAUGGGACCCUCAUGCCCUGCAGUGCCUCUGAACCUACCAGUUUCACCAAAAGAGACAGAACUGAGAAUCAGGGAGGUCCUGGAGAAACUAGACAAACAGAUCCCUCCCAGACCCUUCACCCACCUCAACUACACCACAAGCGCCACACACAGUACAGCCACCAUCCUCAACCCUCGAGAUACAUACUGUGUAGGGGACCAGCUGGACAUCCUGGUAGAGGCUAGAGACCACCUAGGAAACAGGAAGGGGUAUGGUGGGGACUUCCUGAGGGCCAGGAUAUUCUCCCCAGCCCUGAAGGCAGGAGCUUCUGGAAAGGUGACAGACUUCAACAAUGGCACCUACCUCAUCAGCUUCACUCUGUUCUGGGAGGGCCCGGUCUCCCUGUCUAUCCUGCUCAUGCACCCCAGUGAAGGGGUGUCAGCUCUCUGGAGAGCAAGGAAACAGGGCUACGACAGAGUCAUCUUCUCAGGCCAGUUUGUCAGUGGUGCUUCUCAGGUCCACACCGAAUGUGCCCUGGUUCUAAAUUCAAGUGUCGAGCUGUGCCAGUAUCUGGAUGCCCAGGACCAAGAAGCUUUCUACUGUGUGAAGCCUCCAAAUGUGCCCUGCGCAGCCCUCACCUACAUGCAGUCGAAGAACAAGAACGUUUCCUAUCUUAGCCAGCAAGAAAGGAGCCUCUUUGAAAGGUCAAAUAUAGCUGUGGAGAUUAUGGGAAAAUCCAAUGUGAUUAGUGUCUCCAAAUGCAACACAGACGCAGCUCCAGUGAAGGAGAAAUGCAAGCUCGGGAUGGUAUCUGCAAUCCCUAGUGGGCACGUCUGGAAAAACGCAUGGACUCCUGCCUCCUGCAGUCUGGCUCCAAUCAAAAUGAAAGACUGCCUGAGAGGAAAAUUUAUCCACCUAAUGGGUGAUUCCACAAUCCGCCAGUGGAUGGAAUACUUCAAAAGCAAAGUCAACACACUGAGAUCUGUGGACCUGCAUGAGAGUGGGAAACUGCAACGCCAACUUGCCGUCGACUUGGAUGAGAAAAUCAGCAUCCAGUGGCAAAAACAUGGUUACCCUCUUAUCGGGUCAUUGAUCUACUCUGUCAAAGAAAUAGAGAACAUUGCACGGAUAAUUGACAGAACUGGAGGAGAGAAAAACACAGUCAUCGUCAUUUCUCUGGGCCAGCAUUUCAGACCCUUUCCCAUUGAUCUUUUUAUCCGAAGGGCCCUCAAUGUUCACAAAGCUCUUCAGCGUCUUCUCCUGAGAAGCCCGGACACUAUGGUGGUCCUCAAAACAGAAAACACCAGAGAGCUGAACAGCGAUGUGGAGAGGUUUAGUGACUUCCAUGGUUACACCCAGUAUCUUGCCUUAAAGGAUAUUUUCCAGGAUCUCAAUGUGGGUGUCAUUGAUGCCUGGGACAUGACAGUUGCAUAUGGCAUAAACAAUGUCCACCCACCAGAGGAUGUAGUUAGAAGUCAAAUUAAUAUAUUCUUAAACUAUAUUUGCUAGCAAACAUAACUUUGAAAGUCACUCUUUAAACUUAAAAGAUACAGUGAAUCCUGCAGCUGUGCCAAGUGCCAGGAUGCCCCAGUUAAUCCAAGGACAUAAUCUGUAUAAUGGUCCAUAUGGUCCACCUACUUCAUCUUAACAAGGCAUUCACACACUGGCCUUCUGCUCAAAAUUGAAGCCCAAAAGAGUCAAUGGAAGGUCCACAUUUUUUUAUGAGAGCCACAUUGCUCUUUGCUGAUUGGAAGUUAGGAUUCCUGUGCUGUUGCUGUGAGUUCAGAACAAUGAAGUAAUUUUGAUAAAAUUCUUAAAAGGUAUUUGAUUCAAUUUGUAAAUAUUUUGUUGAUAAUUUUUCAUCCAUGUUAAUCAGGAAAAUUGAUCUGUACUUCCUUGGUCAUGUCUCAGAGUUUGACAUCAGGCCAAUACAGACUUCAAAAAAAAAAAUGACUUGGGUUGUAUUUCUCCUGGUUGUAAUUUGUGGAAGGUUUUGAGACAUGUUUUGAUUAGAUUUUCUUUUAAAGUUUCAUGGUAUUCAGCACUUAAUCUGUCCAGGUAUGGGCUGGUUUUGGAGAGAGACUUUUAAUAACUGCUUCAAUCUCUUUGCUUAUUACAGUUCUGUUUAAAUUGUUUCUAUUUUCUAGGUUUAACUUUGAUAGGCCAAAUGCAUUUAGAAAUUUAUCUUUCUUCUAGGUUUUCCAGAUUUUUUGGAUAUAAGAUUUUGGAUAAACAAAAGCAAAAUAUGUCCAAAACACCAUCUUGAAACCUGAUAUUUUGUACACCAAUUUUAUAACAAAUAAAAAUAAAAUUUCUAAAUGAAAAACAUUAAAAUAAGAAUUAAUAAUGCAAAGUAUUUUAGUGAUUUUACUUUUAUAUAUUAAAUACAAAUUUAUAGUUUGCUUUUCAUAAGUAUAUUAUAAAUUAUAUUCUUUAUAUUUCCUUU